CAAAUCUUCUCCCCGCCGCCCCUCUCGCCGGUCGCCGCUAAUCCGCCCGCCGGGGGCCGCAGCGGAUUGUACCCUCCGAGCGAAGCUCUGGCGGCCGCAUCCAAAUUCCCCCUCCCGCAGAUAACUGAAGCAGUCAGUCGAGUCUCUCGAGCGCGCGCCACGUGCGAGGCUGCGACGUAUUGUAACUCAUUUUCCUCGUUUCGGCGGCAUCCGCACGCCGCCGGUGCGCACAGAGGCACACUCCGCCGAGGACCGGCACGAGGAGAGACAACCGGUGAGAGGAUGGGGUCCGCGUUGCUGGCGACGCUGCGGCUGAAGAGUGAGGUGGACACCGCCAUCCGCGACACCCUCGACAAGGUCCUCGUCCUCCGAUUUGGUCGCGCCAUCGACGCCGCUUGCCUCCACCUAGAUGACAUCCUGGCUAGAUCUUCUUGGGACAUAUCCAAGUUUGCUACGGUAGCAUUGGUUGACAUGGACUCUGAGGAGAUUCAAGUUUACAUUGACUACUUUGACAUUACUUUGGUUCCAGCAACCAUUUUCUUCUUCAAUGCCCAUCACAUGAAGAUGGAUUCAGGGACACCUGAUCACACAAAAUGGAUAGGUUCUUUUAGCAGCAAACAAGACUUCAUUGAUGUGGUUGAGGCAAUAUUUAGAGGUGCGAUGAAAGGCAAAUUGAUAGUGUCUUGCCCCCUUCCUCCUGAGAGGAUACCAAGAUUCCAGCUUCUUUUCAAGGAUGUCUGAGGAAACUACAGCUCAUCACGUGCACUCAUGCCUGAACGUUGUCUUCAACAUGGCAUGGAAUUAUGGAAAGAAAGACUGCCUGCACAAUCAGCAGUACUUUUGAGCGAACAGACUGUGUUUUUCCUUUCACAGCAAAGCAGCAUAGCAGUAGCAUCAGCUAAUUUUUAGCGAAAUGAACAGGGGAAGAUCCCUUGAUGCAGCACAUGUAAUCAAUCAGCUUUUCCAUUUUGUAACCUGUAGUUGUGUUAAAAAAAACAUCGGCCAACUAUAAAAUAGUGCCGGUUGGUGAAUAUAAGUCCCUGUCCACUGCAAAACGUCACAAAACGGAACGGGAUGAUAUAAUAAAUAAUAACGAAUUUAUUAGUACCAA